CCACACGUCACAGUGAGGGCGCCGGAAAUGUAGUUUUUGGAGGCAGACUCGUCUGACGUUGUGGCGGUAAGUUAGUCUGUGCUGCACCAGACCAUGCCCGUUAUCGUGUGGGUACCGAGAACGGACAAUAAGGCCUGCUGCCCCGUGCACUCUUGAGCUGGAUCACCCCCGCGGCCCACGGACCUCUGGGGCUAACGUUAGCAGCUAGCCGGCGGGAGGCGGGACGAAGAGCCGAAACGGCUAGCAGGUAAACACAGGUGAAUUCAGGUAGUUUAGCACGGUGGCUACUGGUUCCUUGUCUGCCCAUUCCUCUGCUGGUUCAGGUCUCAUGUCUCUCGGUCUUUAACAGCAUGUUCACACCGACAGGAGCUGCGAAAAGAAGCAGAUAACCUUUUAGAUUUGCUAAAGGAGGUCCACCCUGCUUGCCUGCACCGGGGUCUCCUUCUGGGGCUCAGUUCGAAAACAACUGUUAUUGAUCUUCUGAUCUUGUUUGCUGUGAUUGGUCAACUUUUGGAAGCCUGCUGAGGGGCAGGAGUUACAGCUUGGGUGUCCCUUCAAUACUUUUUAUUCUAAUCUGUAUAAGUGUUUGAGUCUGAUGUCACUGUUUCAGAGGUCAUGUUUCUGCACGAUGAACUCGGGCCGAAAGUGUCUUAAACUCAGCCUGUCCGGCCCAGCUCCUGCUGUCACUGCUACUACACAGCUGCAGUUCGCCUCCCAUGAUGCUUUGCUACAGGAGAAGGAGGAGGAGCAGCGUUACCAGCUGGCGGAGGAAGACACCACUGACUCCAGACUCGUCAUCACCAUGGAGGACAGCCAGGAGGAGAUGAAGGCUGCCAAGAAGAAGGCCGCCAGAAGGAGGAAGAGGAAACUGGCUGAGGAGGAGGAGCCAAGGGAUGGGGCCUCAGAGAGCGAGGAGGAGGCAGGAGUGGAGGUGGAGAUUGACAGACAGCUGGAUCAGUCACUGGAGACAAAGUCCAAACAGCACAACCUGACCACAGUGAACGUGAAAAACAUCAUCCACGAAGUGAUCACCAAUGAGCAUGUGGUGGCCAUGAUGAAAGCUGCCAUUAAUGAGACUGAGGCUGUCCCUCCAUUUGAGCCCAAAAUGACUCGAUCUAAGCUGAAGGAGGUGGUGGAGAAAGGCGUAGUGACUACAUGUGUCUGUCUUCAGGCGCCGCAGUUUGUCGACAUCCCUCUGGCUGAGGAAGACUCCUCUGAUGACGAGUACCAUCCCGAGGAGGAGGAGGAGGACGAGACGGCUGAAGACACGUUCCAGGAGAGUGACAUGGAGAGCACAGCUUCGUCUCCUCGAGGGACUCGGCUGCCCCGAGCUGAGGAGGACAGCUCCAGCCCAUGGCAGAAGUCGCGGAGUCGGUCCAGACUUGUGAGGGCAAGGUCUGUUUCCAUGGGGCCGCCUCCUCCCCCCAAAGCUCCACUUCCUAAACCUGUGACUGACAGGACCUUCCUGGAGAAGCUUCAUGCUGUGGAGGAGGAGCUGGCUGUUUGUAUGGAGCCCUAUCAGCCUCUGUCUGAGUCGGAGGAUGAGGCCGGUCUCAUGGCGUCUCGGACUCGGUCCAAACGUCCUCUCAGGGAUGUCCCGCUGGGCCGGCUGGAGGCAGAACUCCAAGCUCCUGACAUCACACCUGAUAUGUACGACUCUAGCUCCACCCACGAGGACAGGGAGUGGACCGAUUGGCUGAGAGGGCUGAUGAGCUCAGACAUGGACAAUGAAGAGGAGUGUGAUGAUGAGGAUGAUCCAGAGUACAACUUCCUGGCUGACAUUGACGAGCCCGACGUAGAGGAUUACCGUGAUGACAAGGCUGUCCGCAUCACCAAAAAGGAGGUGAACGAGCUGAUGGAGGAGCUCUUUGAAACGCUGAAAGAGGACCUGGCUGGACAGGAAGUGGAUGAUGAAGGCCACGAGGAAGAGGAAGAGCCACAGGAGGAAGCACAAACAUUUCAGACCCACACACCUGAGGAGCAGCAGGACAGAGAGUGUCCUGAUGAUGAGGCUGAGGAUGGACCAAUCGCAGAGCUGCGCACGGUGAAGCAGCAGCUGGCAUUGAUAAGAAGGAAACAGCUGACUGGAGUGCCACAUGACACGCACACAGAGCUGAUCGUGUACAAGUUGAACGCUGAGCAGAGGAAAUGCCUGCAGCAGCAGCUCCAACAGCAUGUCCAGCUACUUACUCAGGUUUACCUGCUGACCUCACUUGUGCCCAGACUGCACAGCGAAGCGGAGACCUGCCGGCAGUUCCUGUGUGAGCUAGACUUGCUGGCGCAGCGGGCCGAGCUGAUUGGUUUGUUGGCUCUUCCUGGUUUCUGUAGUGUCUUCAGAGCAUCCAACCUGCAGGUGGCGCUGCAGCUGCUGGAUGAGCUGCGUCAGGCUCCCAUCAGCUACCAGCCACAGCUUCGGCCCCGCGAUGCCCGGGGACGGAUGCGCUGCUUCCCCGUCAUGCCGGCUGAGCUUGCCUGGCUCUUUGCCACACGGCCCGUCUUCAUGUACCCGGAGCUGCUGCCUUGUGCUAGCCUAGAUCCCGCGCUGUACUGCCCCCGGAGGACAGCAGCCUUCACUCCGGCUGAGGACUGUCUGUUGGUGCUCGGCCUCAGGAAUAUGGAAGGGUCAUGUGACCCGCCCAAGCUGGUGUCCCAGUUCCUGCUGAGGAAAUCUCUGGUUCAGGUUCGACGAAGGAUCCUGCAGUGCUGCCGGCCAGGUUUUCCUGACAACGUUGUCAAGACCUUCCGGUACCAGCGGCGGGUUCUCCCAAUGCCAGUGGCAUGUCGUCCUGUGAAUUCAGCAGACUGGCGACCUCCUGUGGAGAGAGAGGAGAGCGUCAUGCCUCUGUGGCUGCUGCGCUCUCUCCCCGUCAUCCAUCCAACCAUUAGGCACUAUAAUAGCUCCGUCUCAAACAUCCCAACCCCCUCCAGCUCCUACAGCGUCCCCCCUGGGACCCGAUACCCACCCCGCCUCCCUCAGAACCUGGACUUCAGACGGAUCGGCUUUGUUUUGCUGAAUCAAAACCACAACCCCCCUCAUCCCCCCGACUCUGCUCCCACUCCUCCUCGAGUCCUCCUUCACCGCCUGCUCCUGACCAGGACCGAUUCCCCCACUGACAUUUGCACUGCCACUGUGUCCAUGGCAACCAGAGAUCAAAUUAGACGCUAUAGUGAGAAACUUGCAGCCCUGAGGAGGGAGAGGGAACACAAAUCCUUUACACCUCCUUCCUGCGAUGACCCCACCUCCCAUCAGGUGACAGGGGAUGAUGUCAUCAGAACUGAUGAAGAGGAGGAGGAAGAGGGCGACAUCAUCCUGGUUCUGUCUGAAUCUUCACCCAGUGCUGCAGGAAGUGUUGCUGUCAGUGACGAUGUGCAGGAGGUGGGGUCAGAGAGUAAAGAGGACGGAAUCUUGACACCACCUAGAGGAGCAGAAGAAGACAGUGGUGAUCCUGAUGAAGAUGGAGACAGAAAAACUCAGCAGCCACUUUCAGAAGAAAGUGAUGAAGAUGAUCAGAGAGAGUCAGAAGACGUGCUGUUCGCUCACGAUUAUCUCUACAGGGUUUAUGAGGCGGUGCAGAUGUAUCCGGGCUUGUGGGAGGAACUGAUGUGUGUGUUGGACGAGUUCUCAACUGCUGCAGUUGAUGUCCUGUAUGACAGAAUAAGCAGCGUUCUGCGGCCGUGGCCUCAGCUGCUCAGAGACUUUGCCGCCUUCCUGAACCGCAGACAAGCUCGCCGCUGUGGCCUGCUUCUGGAGCAGCAGCUAUUUGAACGCAGUCGAGUGUUUCUAUGGAAACUGAGAUGGAGCCUGGGAGAAAGCUCCUCACUCUACCAACAGGUGGUGUCAGUACUGCAAGGAAGCUCCGCCCCUUUACCUGAGGACAUAAACAAGCUCUCUUCUUUGCUCUGCCAUCAUCCUGACCUGCAGCAGGAACUCCGCCAGUUCUACCAAGAGUUCCACACCACAAACUCUGCUGCCCAGAGUUCCCCUGACAGGAACCAAGGCACCGACAGAGAGGAACAGGAUGAGGGGGAGCGGCAAGCGGUUUGUGCCAAAAACAUCACUUUGACAGCCACUGGGGAGAAAGUCGUCAUGUGGACACGCGAGGUGGACCGAGCUAUCCUGACUGCCUGUCAGGAGAGGGGAGCCACCUGGAAAACGUUCAGACAGGUGUCUACCCACCUGGGAAACAAGACUGCCCAACAGGUACGCCUUCGGUUCCUCGACCUGAUGAAGCUUUUCCACUCUGCAAAGUCCACUUCCUGUUCCUUUGAGGCACAGCCAAUGAGCAGGCAGGAUGCUCCAGACUGAGUCCUGGACCAGUUAGAGACCUGCAGAUAGACUACAGAGUCCAAAAUGAUGCGAAUCCGCCGCUGUCCAACUUUGAGAAUCCAGAGUUUAUUUAGAUGAAAGAAUGGAGUCUUGCAGGAGGCGCUCUGCUCACCUCUGCCAGACUGUUUAGAGAACGUGUCUAGAAUGUGUUGAGACGAGAGGAUCAAAGAGUUCCAUUCUAGAUCAGAGAUAGAAUGAUUCAGGAUACAUGUGAACCUCCUUGGCCGGCCUUUGGUUCUGGACUUUAGGUUUAGAGACUUAGCUGUGGAUUUAAAAUCUAGAACCAGCCUCAGGAUAACACUCUCUUCCUACAAUCUGGGUGAUGGUGGAUUCUUCAGACCUUUUUUCUCUGGAGCGGAUUUGAGGCUGAUCAAAGAGUUCAUUUGCAGGACUGUAGCUUACUGUGAAAGAGUUCAGAGACACUUCCUGUUUAUACUUCAACUCCGAUUUGUUAACCAAUCAGAGCAGAGCUUUAUUUAAAAAUUAUUUAUCAUUAAUUUAUCUCCUCUAGAGAGGGAGGGGCCUCUGUGGUCACAUAAUACAAAGAAGGAAAGUAGAAACCAGCUCCAGUUGGCGUAAACUGGGUCAUGUGACCUUGGUGAUGGGCCUGUCUUCUGGUUUCCCAUAAUGCUCUGCGUUGAGGGCACCUCAUCGCUCCCAUGAUUCCAUGCUGUCAUGUUGGUGAAGGAGACAUUGUGUGAAGGUUUUGUACAAAUGUUUAUUCACAUUGAAUGAAAAUAACUCAUUAAAAUUUUUUUACUCCUUAAAA